CUUCUUUUUUUUUGGUGCUAUGUUCGCUGUCAGUGAGAGAGAGAGAGGUUACGUAUGCAUAUGUGUUUGUCAAGAUCGUACGUGGAAAAUCCUAUAUAUUCUUACUUAUUUUCAUAACUAACACAAAUGUAUAUACACCCAUACACAUGUAUAUAUAUUUUAAGGAAAAAAAUGAAUAAAUACUUUGGAGUGUCACUCUCUCCCUAUUCCCGCUUGGCACCCCCCGCUUGGCAUCUUGUGCCGUGCUUGGCUGGAGUGGUGGCUUGGGUCCCGUGGGCUUCCGGGGGAGAAGGGGGGAGAGAGGUGGCUGUGGUUGUGGUUAUGGCUAGAGAGGAAGGGAUGAUAUAUGGUAAGGUGUGUACGUGGGGUUGUGUGGGUUGGAGCGGGAUUGGCAGUGGGAUUAUGUUUGUGAGGGAUGGACAGAUCUAUGUGUGGGUGGUGGGCGGGUGUAAGCACGCGGAUAUGUAUAUUGGAUGUGUUUUACAUACAUGUGUGCGCGUACAUGUUUAGCUUGAAGCUAGGUUGUUUACUAAUUAGGUGAAGGAGGUUUGGGGAAUGGAACUGAACUCUUAGGAAAGGACCUAAGGGGUACCCGGUUCCAUUGGAUUUUUUUCGGAGGGGUUGAAAAGAGAGGUGAUGGCGAUGAUGGGUUAUGCUGGGGUUCAAGGGUAUACCGGAAAACUACUUUUUUUGUGUAAUAUUUUCUGAAUCCAGUAUGUAUAGAUGAGAUAUUCUCAAAACUUAUAUUUUUGUUGACUUCUCGGUUGAAUGUGGAGGCCC